AUGAAUCAGCGCAAUGAUGCAAUUGACUCAGCCGAAGACUGUCGACGCAAGCUUGUUGCUCGAUAUCUUUUCCACAAACUCGCCCGAGAACAUCGUCUAACAAAGCAGUGGGCGUCUUUCGAUAAAGGCCUGUUCAAACUUUGGUGCGAUGAUUUCCGCCCAGCUAACAUCCUCAUGGACGAGGGGCUGAAAAUCGCCGGAGUUCGGCUCUCUGGCCCGAUGCAAGAUAGCUGGGAGAGUGGAGACUUCUGGAUUGCGUAUGCGGCAAGGAAUAACUUUGCCUUUGACUUAAUAUACUGGCACAAGAUUGACCAGCUAUUCUUUCAGCCGACCUCUUCUUCCAUCGACGAUGUUUGGAAGCAGAGACUUGAUUUCUUGGAGCUUGAAGAGAGAGCUGAUAUCGCCGAAGCAUUAAAUGGACAGACCCAGUUGAAUAAAUUCGAACAGUGGUUUAGAGAAGACGAGACAGUUAUCAACAUUGCGCAGGAUCUAACGGGCUAUGAUGAUACCGAUACAGAUGCUCGCAUUGGUGAAAACUUUGAUCUGUAA